AUGGCUUACUCCUUCUGGCCAGGGCUGGUCUUUGAAUUUGGUGCUGUUGGCUGCAAAAUCAUGACUUUUUGUCCAUUUUGUCCUCUUUCGUCGCUUUGGCACAGUUGUACCACUCUUUGAAAUGUCUCUCAUUUCUCCCAAAAUGUCCAGAUAUGACUUUCCUUUGUUGGAGAGUUGUGGGAUGUCAUGUACAUUGGUUUGAAAAAAUUCUCAAAAUGUUAACCCCUGAAAUGUACCUUCAUUUACACUACAUUUUGGGUCAAUAUAGUGAAAAAUUUGAAUGUGCUCAAAUCACUCUAAUUCAUUUAGAAUAUUGUAUUGCUGAUGAUUUAAGGUCAAAACAAGCUAAAAUAAUGAGAAAAAAACUUAAUUUGACCCCAAUAUGAGCCAACCUAGCCCCGGUCUAAGUUCGGUUUCAUUUUUAGCUCAGCUGACAAAGUCAGCGGAGCUAGUAGUAUAGCUGUUCAAAUGGUGUCCGUCCUGCAAUCCAUCCAUCUAGGGACCCAUCUGUGGACAAACUUGGACAUUUCUGACCGGGAAGGCCUAGCCACUUCGUUGACGGUGCUAAAUUAGGAGUUGCCCAAGGUGAACUCAAAAAACGAAAAAUCGGCGCGAUCCGACCUGUAUUAAGAGAAUGAGGUCAUUUCGCGUUUAGAUUUCUUUCCCUUUUUACCUCGGUCCACAGAGCAAAUAUUGUUUUCAAAUGUGGCUGAAUAUUUUUAAAUAUUUUUUCAUUUUUUACUUUUAAUGGAAUUAAUAUAGUUUUCACCGCCAGUUGGCGCUGCAGGCACAUUGCCUGAAUUUUGGCGAUUUCAAAUUUGGCGGUGGCUUAACUUUUUUGCAAGCAGUGCCGCUGAUUGGCCGAUCGAUAGAAGAGAUGCCACCAUUUAAAAAUGGCGGUAGUCGCUGCUUCAAUGAAGGUGAGUGAACUUUCUCAUGUUCAAUCGGUUGAUACUCUUUUAAUCAACAUGACCAUGUACCUGAAAUUUGUUUAGGUACUGAAAAGAGUCUAUAUAAUUCAGAUUUAUCAAUAGUUUUUUAUAAUAUUCCGGAAAUUUUGUGCACAAAUCAGCGGAAGUUGGUGCUCGUCUCAUGUCAUUUUAGAGCGAAAAAUUUGUUUCCGUCGAUCUCUACCACUGAAAAAUCGCUUGCAUAGCUUCGAAUUUUUGUGAAAAUAAGUAUCUGAACUUGGUUUCAAAUAGUCUAGAGAGUUACCUUUGUGGUGAUACAUAUGGUAUGUGAUAAAUAUUUGUGGAAUUUGUGAAAUUCGGUUUUCAAACGUGCCGAUGAUGCAAGCGAUCUCGCGUGAAUUUUGCAAGUCCUGAUAUGUCGACCGGGUGUCAGAAAUCACUCGCCUAAAUUCAAUUCAAAGAUCGAAAAUGACAUCUGAACUUAGUUUCAAAUAGCCUACGCAAUUAUCAUUUCGGUGAUAUAUAAUGCAUGCAUGUAAUAAUUGAUUAAUCUACCUAAAACGCGCAAUUAAAACGGCGAAAGAUCGUGAUAAACACUCUGGUGGCGGUCGCACUAAAUAACGACCGGUAGGGCCCGGCGUGUGGCGGAGAAAAAAAGGUAGCGCCCGGAGGUUGAAACGGGAUUUUUAUGCACUUUUAACUGUAUAUAUAUGUUGUUUAGAUGUAUUUCUAACAGUUCUGUAACUUUUAUGACCAAGCUUGCACCCAAAGUUGGUAAAAUUGAUGCUUGUUUAUGGACUGCGCUAGCGACCGGAGAAUUCGCCGUCGGCCAUUUUGGGACGGUCAACAAAUCUCGCCAUUUACGUUUGUUUACAAUUAUUUUGAAAGUCACAUUAGGCCUAUGACAUCGUAGUAUGAAUUCCACUGCAGUUUCCUUACGCAGCAAUGCUCAUGUUUUUGGUUGGCAAUCCUGUACUGUCUGUACACUGCGCUGUGCAGGCUUAGAGUAUAACUCAACAGGCCCUCAUGAUUCAUUUGAUGGACACCUUAUUUGAUAGUACCUCAUCAUUAAGUCCACUAGAUCCUGUUCUGUUACAUGAUAGACAAUUUUCAAAAUGUAGUACACCACUCGCUCACGGCUCACAUCAUGUGGGCACGGUUGGCUGUUGAGUGUUAUGGUUCAGUCUGUGAGACUAAUUCAAAGAGGUUACACUUUUAUUUUGAAUUGGAAAACAACCCCCAGGACUGACUUUUCACUGAGUGAUAAGUGUGCCCUUCGAAGGUUAAGUCUCUUUCUGGAUUUGCUUCCAUAGAUGCCUUGUUCAGGAUAUCAUCUGACCGAUGCCUGAUCAAGCACAGACUGUAUCCGGUGGUGUACAUUUCCCCGUCUAUGUCACCCUUUUUUAUUCAGUCAGUGUUAAUUUCUCUUCUCUUUUUUUACAGAUUAACUGUUGUUGGUUAUUGCAAGAGGAGUCGUUGGCACAUUUCAAGUCCAGGAAAGCACUUGCUGUUCCCACAUUCAGAGAUGAAUACAACAAAAGUGAAGAUUCUCAACCACCCGGGUGCUCGAGGAUCCAUGACCACAGUAACUGCCAUAAUAGCAGGACAGACUGAUUUGCAUCAAGUUUAUUGGAGCAAUACAUCCGAAAGGAAAAUGAUAAAGAAAGAUGCUUACCUCCUCAUACACAAUGGUACCAUAAACCACCAGGAAAAAGCUAUAAGGCUAACACCUCAAUCGAAGAUAUUUUCCACCACGCCAUUCUCCACACCAGAAGGGCUUGAAGACAAAUUCCUCCAUGCCCCGCAACUAUCCUUGAAAGAUGCGUUGACAUCCCCCAAGAAAACAAGAGUAACCGUGGAAGCACUUGUAAAGCAGGUUUCACCACUAAAGACAGGUGCAAAUUGGAAAAGAAAAGAUGUGUACCUGGAAGAGGAUGGACAUACCAUGACCUGCAAAAUGUGGAAUGAGAGCGCUGACACCGUUAAAGAAGACCACAUCAAUAAGAAACUCAAGAUUGAAAACGUAGAAGUCGACAUAUACCAGGGGCAAGUUAGCCUAAAGAAUACCUCUGAAACAUCAAUGGUAACACACGCACCAGAAAGCAAAAGGAUGCAAAUCAUCGCCAUUAGUAACGAAGAAGACACCACGCCAGAAGUCCUCGGCAUCAUAGAAAAUCAGUCAGAUGCACAAGUUUUCACAGCAACAGCACAGAACCUACCACACUCCAACGAGCUUCCACUCACUGUUAAAGUUGUAAUUAACGGCACACAAAUAUCCGAUUUGGAAAAGAUUACGUCGCCUAACACGUCGACGAAGAAAGGUAAGAAAGCCGUAAAGAAUUCAGACAGCACAAGACCUGCUACACCUCAGUGAACUUCUACUCACUGUGAACCACACCGAUAUUCCACUUCCUAACAUUUGAAGAAAGAGAAGAAACUUGUUCAGAAUUCAUUAUGAUGUUCAAUCUAUUUUGAGAAGAAUCAAUAAGUGACAAGUAGUUGCCAGUAAUUUGUUUGUAACUGUAAUUAAGUUACUCACUGUGAACCACACAGAUAUCUGAAUCGGAAAAUAGUCCAUUUCCUGACACUUGAAGAAACAGAAGAAAGUUGUAAAGAAUUUAUAGUGAUGUUCAGUCUAUUUUGAGAAAAAUCAAUAAGUGACAAGUAGUUGCCAUUAAUUUGUUUGUAACUGUAAUAAAGUUACUCACUGUGAACGACACAGAUAUCUGACUUGGAAAAUAGUCCAUUUCCUAAGACUUCAAGAAAGAGAAGAAAUUUGUUAAGAAUUCAUAAUGAUGUUCGAUCUAUUUUGAAAAGAAUCAAUAAGUGACAUGUAGUUGCUGGUAAUUUGUUUGUACAUUGUAACUGUAACUAAGUUACUCAAUGUGAACCACACAGAUAUCCGAUUUGGAAAAUAUUCCAUUUCCUAAGACUUCAAGAAAGGGAAGAAAGUUGUAAAGAAUUCAUGGUGAUGUUCAGUCUAUUUUGAGAAGAAUCAAUAAGUGACAAGUAGUUGCAAUUUGUUUGUAACUGAAAUUAAGUUACUCGCUUUGAACCACACAGAUAUCUGAUUUGGAAAACAUUCUAUUUCCUAAGACUUCAAGAAAGGGAAGAAAAUUGAUAAGAAUUCAUAAUGAUGUUCAAUUUACGUGUAUUUUGAGAAGAAUCAAUAAGUGACAAGUAGUUGCUGGUAAUUUGUUUGUAACUGAAAUUAAGUUACUCGCUGUGAACCACACAGAUAUCUGAUUUGGAAAAUAUUCCAUUUCCUAACACUUGAAGAAAGGGAAGAAAUUUGUUAAGAAGUCAUAAUAUGUUCAGUCUAUUUUGACAAGAGUCAAUGAGUGACAAGUAGUUGCUGGUAAUUGUUAAUUUGUAAGUUUAUUAUAUCCACAUUACUUCGAAAUCAACAUUGAACUCAGAACUAGCUGCAACGAGCAGAAAGAAAGGGUUAUUUGUGACAAAUAUCCCCCAAGCCAAAUCCACGCUCUAGUCGCUUUAAGAGUGAACAUUAAGUUACAGGUUACACCAAACUUUAUUUUUGAUACUUAUGUUAAUUUUUGAGAAAUAAAUAAUCAUAUU